AUGCAGACUACUUCUACUAACAUUUGUGAAAGAAUGGGUGCCUCUCAGGAGCUCAGUGAAUUCAAGCGUGGUACCGUGAUAGGUUGCCACCUGUGCAAUAAGUAAAUCCAUAAAAUUUCCUUGCUACUAAAUAUUCCACAGUCAACUGUUAGUGGUAUUAUAACAAAUGGAAGCAACUGGAAACAACAGCAACUCAGCCACGAAGUGCAUGGGGUCAGCCCAUGCUGAUGCACACAGAAGUCGCCAACUAUCUGCAGAGUCAAUAGCUAAGUACCUCCAAACUUCGUGUGGCCUUCAGAUUAGCACAACAACAGUGCAUAGAGAGCUUCAUGGAAUUGAUUUCCAUGGC